UGGUCGAUGCCAAAUCCAGGACUCCUGGCUCUCCAGACAGGCAUGAGCAUGGGAGUGCUGGGGUCCCUGCGUGGAUGGGGGCUUCUGGACUACAAGACAGAGAAAUAUGUCCUCACCCGGAACCGGAGGGUGGGUGCUCUCCAGAGGGUCCUGCAGCUUGGCAUCCUGGGAUAUGUAAUCGGGUGGUCCCUUCUCUUCAAGAAGGGUUACCAGGAGAAGGAGUCUGAUCCCCAGGUAUCGGUCAUCACCAAGCUCAAGGGGGUCUCUGUCAGCCAGAUUGAGGCGCUAGGAAACAGACUGUGGGAUGUGGCCGAUUACACGAAGCCCCCCCAGGGAGAAAACGUUUUUUUCCUGGUGACCGAUUUCCUUGCCACACCAGAGCAAGUGCAGGGGACGUGUCCAGAGCACCCCUCUGUUCCUCUGGCUCCCUGCCUGGCUGAUGAGGACUGUCCGGUUGGAGAGAUACUGAGCCACAGCCACGGAAUCAAAACUGGGAAGUGCAUCAUGUUUAACUCAACCUACCAGACCUGCGAGAUCUGGGGCUGGUGCCCUGUGGAGAGCGGCAGCACGUCCAGGAAGCCCCAGCUGCUGGAAUCGGAAAACUUCACCCUCUUCAUCAAGAACUCCAUCACCUUCCCCAAGUUCAACUUCUUCAAGACCAACACUUUGGAGACAUUGGAUAGCACCUACUUCAAGAGCUGCAGGUAUGACGCCCUCUUCAGCCCUUUCUGUCCAGUCUUCCGGGUGGGGGAUGUGGUGGAGGCAGCUGGAGAGGACUUUGAGGACCUGGCCCUCUCGGGGGGAGUUGUGAGGAUUCAGAUCAGCUGGGACUGUGACUUGGAUCGCCCUGGCAUUGAAUGCCAGCCCUGUUAUUCUUUCUGGCUGCAGGAGAAGGGCUAUAACUUCAGGGUCCUGUUGUCCCCAUUCUCCAGGACAGCUACGCAUUGGUGGAAGCCUCCGGGGAUGGAGGCUCGAAGCCUGUUCAAACUCUUUGGGAUCCGAUUUGAAAUCCUUGUGGCUGGGCAGGCAGGGAAGUUCAGUGCCAUCUCUACAGGGAUCACGCUAGGCACAGGCAUGGCCCUGCUAGGGGUGGUCACCUUCCUCUGUGACCUGCUCUUGCUUUAUGUGGAUGGAAAAGCUCCUUUCUAUUGGGGGAAGAAGUAUGAGGAGGCAAAGGCCCCCAAGAUCAGGGGAGAACAAGAGCGAGCCUCGGCACCGGGGGAUCACGAGGGGCCCGGAGGCUCGCAGUCACAGUUGAGCCCAGCCACGGAUUCCGAUCUCACCGCUGGCAAGGAGGGCCUGGAUGCUGGCAUGGCCUAGCCUAGGGCUGCCCAAAGGACCCCAGCAACACCAUUUCCAUGCCCCUGGGGCUCCAAGGCUGUAGUUCAUUUAUCACUGCCCUUCCUGAAAGAGCCCCAGGAUGGCUCCUGAGACCUGAAACAGCCACAUGGGCAUGGUUCUGGGCAACAGUGGCAUGGGCUCCUCCUUUCUAGGGGCUCCUGUUCAGGGAGCCUGAAUCCUGGCCUGGGCUGGCCCGUGCCUCACUUUCCUGAUCUGUUAAAUGAGGAGGUGCACCAGACGGCACCUGAACUCCUCGAUCCUUUGCCCUAGAGCUCCUCCAGAGGCUCUGACCUCCAUCCACAGACCUUCUGGGCACCUUCCUCUGCCUCUGACUUUGGGACCUAGAGUCUGCCCACCCUGCUUCUCAGAUCACUCCAGCCCCUGCAAUAAUGAGAAGACCUCUGCCCCAACUCUGUGACUUAUUGGGGAGGUGUGUGUGUACGUGACUGUGUGUGGGUGUAUGUGAGUGUGUGUGGGUGUGUAUGUAUGCGUGUGUGUGGGUGUGUGUGCACAUGCAUGUGUGUGUGUGUGCACACACGUACACAUGUGUAAAAGGGGGGAGGUGCACAGACCUCAGACUUAGCGCUUGAAGGGGCCUCAGUGGCUCAGCC